CGUCGCCGCGGCGAACUGCGGCUUUCCGCGUCCCCCCUCCGGCCGCCCUUCCUUUGUCAGCCAGCCGGUCCGGCCACGGAGGACGCCGAGCCGGCUGCCUCCCACCAGGCGUUGGGGGUUGAAAACGGGGUUCGGCAGCCGGCGGCCACUUUGGGACUCGCUUGGCCGGUCUUCGCGCCUGCUUGGCUUCUUCUCCCGGGGAGAAAAGCAGCAGCAGCAGCAGCGUCGCCGUCGCCGCCUUCCACGGCGGCCGCGCCGGUGGCGGCGGGGAAGAAAGGACUCUCACGCUCAGCCGGCGCUUUUCCACGCGGCCCGCGGAAGUUUCCACGGGGGUGACUGGGAGCGCCCAUCGCGGCUCCGCGCCGUCCGGGUUCUCCGGCGCGAUGCGGGGUCGCCGCGUCCUUGGCUUUCGCGCUCCUCUGGGGCGCCCGAGCGGUUCCACCGGCCGCUUGGCCGUCCCGCUGCCCGAAUAACGGCUUGGGCUCUGUGGAUUGACCGUGAACGGAUUUAAAGCUUCCUUUCGCCUCCUCCGCGCCCUCCGCCAGGAUGGGCUACACCGACCCGACUUUCAACCGGGAUUUGCUGGGCAACCGAAGUUUGCUGUUCAUUUUCAUCUGCGCCUUCGCCGUGGUCACCUUGCUGCAGCAGAUCCUGUACGGGAGAAACUAUCUGAAGAGUGAGCCGCACUUUAGCUGGCAGAGUGAUGACGAGCAGGCGAACUGGACUAACACCUCCAAUUUCAUGGAUGGCGGAGCUCUGAGGAAUGGAGGUGGCGCAGGCAGCAGGUACUUUGAAUAUUAUGAUGGUCCUUUUGACUACAACUCUACAAAAUGUCUGGAUCUAAGGCGGGAAAUAAUGGAGUUGAAGGUUCUGACGGCAGCGAAGCAGACGGAAUUGUUUGAAAGAUGGAAGAAUCUUCAGAUCUGCAAAUGGGAGCUGAAUAUCACAGAGGCCAACUUCUUCAAGUCUACUCUGUCCAGAUGCUGCAAUGCGCCAGCUUUCCUCUUCACAACACAAAAAAACACACCCCUGGGAACAGACCUGAAAUAUGAAGUGGACACCAGCGGCAUUUUCCAUAUCAACGUUGAAGUAUUCCGAAUGUUUCCUAAGGAGAUGCCCUAUUCUCGUUCCCAGUUUAAGAAAUGUGCAGUGGUUGGCAACGGAGGAAUUUUGAAGAACAGCGGAUGUGGCCAGGAGAUUGACACUGCCGAUUUUGUGUUACGAUGCAAUUUGCCACCCAUAUCGAGGAAAUACGUUGCAGAUGUUGGGGCAAAGACUAACGUCGUGACGGUCAACCCCAGCAUAAUUACGGAAAGGUUCCAGAGGCUGGAGAAAUGGAGAAGGCCUUUCUACCGUGUCCUGAAAGCCUAUGAAAACGCCUCAGUGUUACUUCCCGCCUUCUACAACACCCACAACACCGACGUCUCCCUCAGGGUCAGGUACGCCCUGGAUGACUUUGAAUCCAAGAAGGCUGUUUACUUUUUCCACCCCAGAUAUCUCACUAACGUUUCACGCUACUGGCUGACUCAAGGAGUCCGGGCGAAGCGUAUCACCACGGGGCUGAUUCUAGUGACGGCCGCCUUGGAGCUGUGUGAAGAGGUGCACCUUUUCGGAUUUUGGGGCUUCCCCAUGAACCCCUCAGGGAUAUUUAUAACUCAUCAUUACUACGACAACGUCAAACCUCGGCCCGGAUUCCAUGCAAUGCCUUCAGAGAUGUUCAACUUCCUCCGUCUGCACAGCAGAGGGGUUUUAAGAGUCCACACCGACGCCUGCAGCUACUCCUGACGCAGUUCAACGGACGGAUUGGAUUUUUGGAUUUUUUUUUUAAAAAAGAGCAAAAUGUAGGUGUUUUGGGGUCCUUUGCCACAUUCUGAAGCAGAAAACUCGUCGGCGGGCAGGAUAAAGAUGUCGGUUGGGCCAGGCGUUCCGUGCAAACGAAUUUUAACGCUUCGAGGAAAUUAUGCAAUAAUAUUUGAGGUUCUUA